AUGUCGGCACGUCGCAACACGGAGAGCCCCGAUGCCGCCGAUACGCAUCGGACCGAGUCCGACGCGCACAGUCAGGAAUCCGAGGCGGAGAGCGGAGGGUCCGAAGAGGAGAGCGGGGGGACUGAGGCAGAGAGCGAGGGGGACAGCGAGACGCGUAGCAGCCGACCGACGUCCCCCGCUGCCGAGGAAUCGGACCCGAUGGAAGACAUCAUCGAUCCGAACGUUCGUAGGCGGCGCCCAAGGCAGCACUUCUUCUUCUUCGGAGGUGUGGGGCGGAGCCACAAGGCCAAUUUCCUUGAGGCCCGCGUCAAAACCUGGGAGAUUCAUCGCGCACGCGGCAGAGAAGCGCAGCGUGCCUACGAGCACCGCGUGUAUGAGCAUUAUCGUCGUAUAUGGCCGGAGGACGUCGGCCGCUCGUUGCGCCAGUUGUACUACCAGCCUCUCGAAGAGCGCAUCAGAGAAUUCCUCUGGAACCAUCGCGAGGUGGACUGGUCGGACGAGGAGGGACCCUCGCAUGCGUAG